AUGAACUCCUCCAUGACUCCGGACGCAGCUGCGGGCGUGGACCCGUUUGCCGCUGCUGGAGCCGCGCUCCCAGCUCUGGACAACACCUUUGGUGCGCUCGUCAUCGGGACAUACAUUGCUUUGAUCCAAUAUGGGUGGAUGCUCCAUCAGGGGUACCAGUAUUACAGCUUGUACAAGGACGACAUGCUGAUGCUCAAGCUGUUGGUCGCCCUCGUGCUGUACUACUACCUCGUUUCCAACUACUUCAACCCGCUUGCGCUUCAGUCCGCCGUGUGGUCGAUCGAGAUGAUGGGCGUAACAACGGUGCGGUCUGAUAUUUUGUCUCUGUCCAAUUACUUGGCUGAUGCGGACGAAAUGUAUCAGGGUGCUACGAUAUUCUUUUCUCAGCUAUUCUUCCUUCGUCGUGUUUACAAGUUUGGACGGAAGUUCAUCCCAAUUGUAAUCUUUGUGGGUUUGCUACUUCUGUCCGAACUCGGCUUGGCGACUGCUGCUUCCGUCGACACAUUCGUUAACAACACUCUUCAUGACUCCAACCAAUCGUGGAUGAACUCGGCUGGCGUCGGGAUCUGCUCCCUCGCAGACUCCAUAUUGACCGCCACGUUGAUCUACUCGCUGCGUCGGAGUCGCACAGGAGUGCACAGGACGGACUCGCUCAUCGACCUACUCAUCUUGUACGCUAUCAACACCGGCAUGGUCACUCUGAUCGUGAACACACUCUCCUUCAUUUUGGCUCUGACGAUGCCGAACAACCUCAUCUACGUCGCUGUCGACUUCAUCGCGACGAAACUGUACGCGAACACCCUCCUGGCUGUGCUUGUCUCGCGGCGGUACCUGGCUGCGCAAACGACCGGCGGCGUCGUCCACUCGACGUCCAUCGACCUGGGCCCGGCAAGCCGGAACAUGCGCUCCGGAGGGUCGCACAACCACCACACCGGCGUCACGGUGGAGACGAAGACGUUCGUCACGUCGGCCAACCAUCCCCCGUUCUUCCAGGGUGACGCCGAGUCGGACAAGUACAGUCACGCAGUGUAG